CGUUAACUUUCAGAAAAGUCAUAACUGCCCUUUUUAUUAAGGGAAAUUCUGUUCUGCCCAUCACCUCCAACCAAUCGAACUCUUCCUUGUUACCAGAGCAUAUCAACCUUGCUCUAGGUUUGGAUAAGAAUUUUACAGCAUACCUCUGCACAUCCUUCACUUCUUAAUUCUUCAAUGUCCACUCUGCCACCAUCUGUCCUCUGUUCUCCUCCUCCUCCAUGUUUGUCACAGUGGCUCCUCAACCACCUUCCUCUCUCAUAUCUUCAAUCUCUGGUGGUGCCGCCAAUGAUGAUAACAAUAGGAAUCUGAUGGGUUUUUCCUCCUGAGCUAAAGCAAUUGAGAAAGUGAUAGAGAUGCAGAAAAGGGAGAGUAAUGAAGUCUUGCCACAUGGAGCUGCUAACAAAAUAGAACAGAAGACUUUUACAAAGGGCAGCAUGCUUAACAAAGGGUCCUCAAGGGAUUGGCUCUUCAAGCAGAGAGUUUAGGGUUAAUGAAUUCUCUUCAUGGAUGCAAACUCAUCUUGUGGGUAAAAAUCAUUGGUUUGAUAUCAAGAAAUAUUUGCUUGAUUAUGAAGUUUGUGAUAGCUUUCAAAGAAAGUUGGAUGCUUUACCUGCUGCUAUCUUAUGGGAGGUCGUCACGUCUGUCGAGGUUGCUGCAAGCCCCCAUAUAGUUGUGGAUACAAAUUCAAGAAUAUAAGUUAUUGGGAAGUGUCAAAUUCAGGAAAUGAAUCAAAAGAAAAGGAUUGCAAUUCAUGGAAGAAUGAUAAGGAAAUAUUAUGCUAUGAUUGCAAUUCAUGCAAAGCUGGAUAUCUUGAGGAAGUUAGAGAACAAUGGAUGAUUUUAAAUCUCUUUAAUAUAUUCUUUGUGAUUUAUCUUCUUAUUCUAUUUCCACUAGGGCGUCUCUCCUUGCAAAACCACCCAGAAGCCAAUCAUGACAGUUAUAGAUCUCCCUGUUAGUCUCCUUGAUGGAGUGUAAGUUCCCUUUCAAAUGGGGUUUUUUAGUUUUCUCUAGUUUUAUUUGAAGAUCUACUUGCAUGUUUGGAGAUCUUCCCUUCAAGAUGGUUAUGAAGCCUCUUCAGCUUUCUAGGUUGGCAGUGAAAGGGAGGAUUCAUCACCUCUGCCUUCCUGUUUUUAUGGCUUUGAAGGUAAUGAACAGAGAAGUUCUUCUGUUAUGUUGUCUGUUGGAACUUUCUUCCUCAUUGAUGACCAACACUAAGUUGAGAAUAUAGAGAUGUUUCCAUGAAUGAUGAUAGCCAAUGUCAGUGAAGCUUCCUCUGGGAGAGAUGCUACUGAUUCAAUUUGUUGUGUGUUCGUUUUGCCCAUUUCCUUCUUCAAGGCUCCAGCUGCUUGUUUUGGUUUUAGGUUGGAUUGUAAUUUUUAGCUCGUGUAUGAGUUUUGUAUCUCUAUUCUAAACUCUUUCAAUGAAAUGAAAUGGGUUUUCUAGAAAAAAAAAAUUAUAAAAUACAUUAAAAUUUAUAAAAAAACUCAAUUUACUCUUUAACACACCUGUAAAAAAUAACUGAAUUAUGAUAGGACUAGAAAAUCCCAGUCGGUAGAAGCGAUUUAUUAUAUAAUUUCUCCGUUAAGGUUAGGGUCCCGCACAUUCACAGAGAAAAUGAAGUUGGGUCCCACGCGUUGAAAGUGCGAAAAAGCAUGAGCUAGCCGUUAGUAGUGUGACGAAGUGAAGAAGCUCCCACUUCAUCCUUUCCCUUCACACCAAUACCUGCGAAAACCUCUCUCUCUCUCUCUCUCUCUCUCUCUCUCUCUCUGUGGAAAUGGCCGAUUUCGGAAACCUUUCAGACACCGACGAUUCAGCAGUGGAGGAGCUCAUCUCCCAAGCUCAAGACCUCUGUGUUCUUGACCAACUCUCUAAGAUCAAUUGUGCUGCUUUUUCUGAAUCACUUCUUCCUUCUGAUUUGGAAACCCGUUUCCUCAAACUCAAAUCCAAACCCAUAACUUCAAAUCCCAACAUGGAUUUUGAUCCUAACAAAUCUGACUCAGUUGGGAAAACGAGCUCACUGAAGGAUGAAGUGGAUACUUUCUCGAAUGCUAAAGAGAAAGAAUCACCAAGAAAACAGAUUUUCUCGCCUAAGGAGGAAAACCCAAAUGGGGAAAAGAGUUUGGAAGAGAAAUGUAAAGAUGAAUCGCUUUUCUCUCCUUCUGAUUCUUCCUAUUCAUGGAUUGAAAAUUUCAUUUCCACGCCAUCCAAACAUAACUCAGGGAAGAGAAUGAGUUCGUUUAAGACUCCUUUGGGUUCGUCGAACUCUUCCAGGGAUUCGCCGUCUCCUCCUCGGAAAUCCGGCUGCUUUUGGUGUUCACCGAAGAAAGAUUCAAAGAAAAAGAAGAAGGAAAACUGGAAUAUCAUUGAUUGGGGCAGCAACAAUGAUGAAUUCUUGUCGGACUUAAACAUAUUUUCAUCGAAAGAGCAAGAGAAGAUUCUAAGGAAGGCAAUGAAAGAGGAAGAGAAGAUUAGCAGAGAAGCAGAGAAGAUUGUGAAAUGGGCAAAACAGGCAUCAAAUAGAAUGAGUUUUCAUGGGAUUGAAGAUGAAGGCAGCGAUGAUGAUGAUGAUAAAAGCAAAAUUUAAAUGAUAUUUUGAUUUCAAUUUGAUGUUUAUUUCUAUUUGGGAUGAUCAUACAUGUUAUAGAAAUAGUUAUACAAACCAAUGGUAACAUUGUCUGGAGAGAUGUUCUAAACACCAGUAUCCACUUACGAUGAAAAUUAAUAUGAAAUAGUAGUAUUUAUUUCCAAAGGUAAUAUAAAUUUAAAAAUUUUGAAAAAUACGCUAUUUAAUUCUUAUAUUA